AUGAUUGUGGUAUUUUUUGAAAACCCCAUUCAAAAGCUGCUGAGAAAAACAGAGGCCGUCAUCAAAAACUUCAGCCCGCACUACAGACGCCAGUACGCGGUGGCUUUCUGCAAGCACGUGCAGGAUGAGCUGGAGCAGCACCGGGAUCCCCAGUCCCGGUUCCUGAAAACCAAGCCCCCGGCAGAAGCUGGGGCGGUCUUAUAUGAGGCAGAGCUGCUACAUUUUGCUGACGAUCUGAAGAAGUGGAAGGACAGAUACGUCGUUAUCAAAAACGACUACACUGUGGAUUGCUUUGAGACUAAAGAGGCCUACCAGAAAGGAGCCAGCCCUAAAUACCAUGUUCUUCCUGCAGGAGGCAAAGUACUGACUUCAGAAGAAGAUUACAAUUUGCUGUCUGAUAAACAUUUUCCAGAUACUGCUGGGACGAGUGAGAAGGAGGUCGCUCAAGCCUUCGUUCAGCUGCCAAGGGAGUUCCCAGUUUACCUGUGGCAGCCCUUCGCCCGACACAGCUACUAUUGCUUUCCGGAGCCAGAAGCUCAGAGGCAGUUCAGCGCCGUGCUGCGGGACUGCGUGAGACACUCAAACCACGAUUUUCUCAAGCAGACCACAUAUGAAGUCGAGGCGUUCUUAGAAGCUAUUCAGUUCUUCCGGCAGGAGAAAGGCCACUAUGGGACAUGGGAAAUGAUGACCGGCAAUGAAAAAGAGAUCCUGAGCAACCUUGUGAUGGAGGAACUCCUGCCUAACCUUCAGACAAUGAUACUGCCUAAAAUGAAAGGAAAGAAGAAUGAUAGGAAGCGGGCCUGGUUUGGUAUCGUAGAAGAAACUUACGGCUUAGUCCAGCAGCAGGUGUCAGAAGGAUUAAGUACCUUGAAAGAAGAAUGCAGAGAUUUUGCAAAAACUCUUGAAGGAACCAUUCGCUCAGACAUGGAUCAGAUUCUGAACUGCAAGAACUUCUUAGCUGGAAAAAUCAAAGCCGCUGUUUCUGAGCCUGCCCAGAAGUGCUGCACAGAAAAUAUCCAGCCAUUUCUCGCAUCCAUAUUGGAGGAGCUCAUGGGUCCAGUGAGUUCUGGAUUCACUGAAGUCCGCUCACUUUUUGAUAAAGAAGUUAAUGAAAUCAUCCAGGACUUCCAGAAGACAAAUGACAUCACGAAGCUAAAGGAGAAUGUGGAUCAGCUUAUGAACCUACCAUUCAACUCUGUGAAAAUGGAGCCUUGCUAUCUGAAAGUGAACCUCCUCCAGGAGCUCCUUCAAGACCUCAAGAGUCGCUUCAGGGUCUAUCACAUUGAUUUUGUGAUUCAGAGGACACAGAACUUCAUGCAAGAGCUAAUGGAAAAUGCAGUUUAUACUUUUGAGCAGUUGUUCUCCCCAAGUCACCAGGCAGACUCGGCAAAAGUUGCAACAACCAUUGAAAAAGUCAAGUUGAGAGUACUGAAGCAAUAUGAUUAUGACAGCAGCACUAUCCGGAAGAAGAUAUUUCAAGAAGCACUGGUACAGAUUACUUUGCCGACAAUGCAAAAGACACUGGCUUCAGCGUGCAAACCAGAGCUGCAGAAAUACGAGCAAUUAAUUUUUGCUGAUUACACUAGCGUUAUCCAAGUAGAGAAUGUGUACGAAGAGAUUUUAUAUCAGACACUGCUUGAAGAAACUCUGAAAGUGAUAAAAGAAGCUGCCGUUAUGAAGAAGCACAACCUCUUUGAAGAUAACUUGAAUUUGCCCUGUGAAAGUGUGUCCAGCUUAACGGACCUAAAGACCCCUUCAGGAUCAGCACAAACAACUCCUGCGAAGAAGCCUUCCACCGCCCGAGCCGAGAUGUCAGACCCUGAAACUCAAAGUGACGAAACGCUCAUUGUGACGGAAAAAAUUUCUUGGGAGAAGGGUGCAGAUGAUAGAAGGUCAUCAGACAAAGAGGCAGUUGCUUCCGGUAAUACGGCUGGUGAUCAGGCAGGCAAAUGUGAACAAGUGGUCGUUACAGACAUCGGUGAAAUACAGGAAUCCUUUACAGCUACCCUUACAAAACAAAAAGUUGGAGAGGAAAAAAUUGUUCUGGAGAAUGAAGACACGGUGGGAGCAAAGUGUGUAGUGAAUGCUGAGAAAGAGCUUAAGACACAACAAGAAGCUAUGGAGGAAGAAGUAGCUCCUGGGACUGAAACUGCAAUGAAAGAUUUUGGAGCCACCGUUGAAAAAGGACUUCAGGCACAUGAAGGAGCAGUGGAGGAAAAGGUAACUUCUGAGAGUCAAACGGCAACGGAUGCUGCGGUUGUUGGUGGCGCUGAAAAAGAAAGCCAAGCACAGGAAGAAGUUGCUGAGAUAAAGCUGACUUCCCCACAUGAUAAUGUAGCAGAAGCAGAGAUUUCAGGGAAUGCAGAAAAGAAAAUCAAGGUAGAAAAAGAAUUAUCUCAGAGUGAAAAUGCAGUAGAAACAGGGUUUGAAGAGGGCAGUAAAAAAGAAAGCAAUGAUGAAGGAGCGAGUACUGAGACAAGGGUUAUUUCCCAGGAUGAAAACACAGGGAAAGAAGGGUUUGGGGAUAAUCCUGAAAAAGAAAGCAAGUCAGAAGAAAAGAGUUGUAAAUCCCCUGAUGAUGUGAAUGAGAUAAGGAGUUUGCUGAUGGUAACGGUUGAGAUACCAGUAGAUACUCCAGCUGAGAACAUAAAGGAGAUUUGUGAAGCUGAGAUAUUAAAGUUGCAGGAGCACAAUAAAGGGAACGACGAGUUGAGCAAAAUGGCUGUGGCAAAAAUUCAAGUGACCCAGACGAUGAUGAAUAAAGAUGCAGCAGAAUGCAUGGAGUUCAAGGAGGACCAACCAUCUUCAUCUAGUUUGGGGGCAGAUGGUACGAAUUUGGAGAAUGUAUCAAAGGUGGCCUGCAGUAUGGCACAAGCAGAAUGGCUGGUGGAAGGCUCAGCUACGCCUCAGGAGGCAAAGGCAGGGGUGGAUAUCAAGCAAAGCGUUUGGUACACAGGUGUGGGAAGCUGCCAAAGUGAUAGAUUGCAGCCAGGGGAAGACACUGAAAAUGUGUCUGAAGGCAAAAUAUUAGGUGGGGAGGAAGGAGGAGCAGGGAAUAGCCAUGCCGUCCUGGUGGAGCCCUGUGCGGCCGGGGCGGAGGCCGGCGGGGCCCGGGCCGAGCCCACCGCCCGCGGUGGCUUUGCGGUGCACCGGCGUCCCUUCGUCGCUCACCGGGCCCUCGCCGUGCUGGGGCAGGGGGAUCUGCGCUCCCGCCCGGGGGUUGGGUUGGGCUUGACGGGUGCGGGUGUGCCCCUCGCUCGGCAGAGCUCCGGGGACGUCUCUCCUGUCCCUCCCUUUCCCUUCCGAAGACUCUACGAGAUGCGUGGUAUUGGUCUCCCAUCAAUGUUUGAGAAACCAAGUGCUUGA